AUGCAUCGUAGUUCGUCUCGAUCGACUGCAGGUGUGAAUCAUCGAUACUUAUCGAGUGAAUUUGUAUUAGCCUCAUUUAUGAAAGGCAAAAAAUACGCUAUAUUACCUUUGGCAGCCAUUAAUAUUAAUCCAGUAAACAUGGAAAAGGCCGAGAUUAAAAUUUGUGGUGACAUGACUCCGUUAACUAUCGUUGCAAAAGAUUCAAAAGCCCAAAUGAACUUAAACAAAACAAAGUUUUCACGUGAAACGGGCAGUGAAGAGAUUGAUUUGGGGAACUUCAUAGAUGCUGAAGAUGACGAAAAGGAAAACGAAGAACAAGAUGAAUUAGACUUAACACUAAUGCCGCAACGAUCAACAAAUUCUAAAGAAAUUUCAACGAAUAAGGCUUCCGAAAGCUACUCAUCAUCUCGAUCAAAUUUCGAUACAAUGUAUAACUCACCAACAACAUCAAAAAAACGUCAACAUGAUUCAGACAGUUCAUUAGCUGGAAGUGAUCAAGAUGAUGACGAAGAUGGUGAAUUAGAUCGACUACUGAGAGACUCAUAUUUUCUUUGA